AUGGGGACCACCUCGCAUAUCCUACUCCAUAUUAAGCUUGCCUGGCCCUCAAGUCCCAUCCUCAUCAUGGCUCCUGGAGAGAAGAUCAAAGCCAAAAUCAAGAAGAAUCUGCCUGUGACGGGGCCCCAGGCGCCUACCAUAAAAGAGCUGAUGCGGUGGUACUGCCUCAACACCAACACCCACGGCUGCCGCCGCAUCGUGGUGUCCCGCGGCCGCCUGCGGCGCCUGCUCUGGGUUCUCUUCACGCUGACGGCCGUGGCCCUCAUUUUCUGGCAUUGUGCCCUCCUCAUCUCCUCCUUCUACACCGUCUCCGUCUCCAUCAAGGUCCACUUCCAGAAGCUGGAUUUUCCUGCUGUCACCAUCUGCAACAUCAACCCUUACAAGUACAGUGCAGUGCGGGACCUUCUAGCCGAUUUGGAACAGGAGACUAGAACGGCCUUGAAGAACCUGUACGGCUUUCCAGAGAAUAAGUCUCGAAAACGCCGAGAGGCAGAGUCUUGGACCUCGGCUUGGGAGGGCACACGGCCCAAAUUCCUCAAACUGGUCCCACUGCUGGCUUUCAGUCAGGAUGAGACCAGCAAGGCCAGGGACUUCCUCACAGGGCGGAAGCGGAAAGUCAGUGGGAGCAUCAUUCACAAGGCAUCAGAUGUCAUGCAUGUCCACGAGUCCAAGGAGGUGGUGGGAUUCCAACUGUGUUCAAAUGACACGUCCAAAUGUGCCGUCUACACCUUCAGCUCAGGGGUCAAUGCCAUCCAGGAGUGGUAUAAGCUGCACUACAUGAACAUCAUGGCACAGGUCCCUCUGGAGAAGAAAAUCAACAUGAGCUACUCUGCUGAGGAGCUGCUGGUUACCUGCUUCUUUGAUGGCAUGUCCUGUAAUGCCAGAAACUUCACGCUUUUCCACCAUCCAAUGUAUGGGAAUUGCUACACGUUCAACAACAGAGAAAAUGAGACUAUCCUCAGCACCUCUAUGGGGGGCAGUGAAUACGGGCUGCAGGUGAUCUUGUACAUCAACGAAGAGGAAUACAAUCCCUUCCUGGUGUCCUCCACUGGGGCUAAGGUGAUUGUGCAUCGGCAGGAUGAAUAUCCCUUCAUUGAGGACAUAGGAACAGAGAUCGAGACGGCAAUGGCCACCUCCAUAGGCAUGCAUCUGACGGAGUCCUUCAAGCUGAGUGAACCCUACAGCCAGUGCACAGAGGACGGGAGUGACGUGCCGAUCAGUAAUAUCUACAAUGCUGCAUACUCCCUCCAGAUCUGCCUUCACUCAUGUUUCCAGACAAAGAUGGUGGAGAAAUGUGGGUGCGCCCAGUAUAGCCAGCCGCUACCUCCAGCAGCCAACUACUGCAACUACCAGCAGCACCCCAACUGGAUGUAUUGCUACUACCAGCUGCACCAGGCCUUUGUCCGGGAAGAGCUGGGCUGCCAGUCGGUAUGCCGGGAAGCCUGCAGCUUUAAGGAGUGGACACUGACCACCAGUCUGGCACAGUGGCCAUCCGAGGUUUCUGAGAAAUGGUUGCUGCCUAUUCUCACUUGGGACCAAGGCCAGCAAAUAAAGAAAAAACUCAACAAGACGGACUUGGCCAAACUCUUGAUAUUCUACAAAGACCUGAACCAGAGAUCCAUCAUGGAGAGCCCUGCCAACAGUAUCGAGAUGCUUCUAUCCAACUUCGGUGGCCAGUUGGGCCUGUGGAUGAGCUGCUCCGUCGUCUGUGUCAUUGAGAUCAUUGAGGUCUUCUUUAUUGACUCUUUCUCCAUCAUUGCCCGCCGCCAGUGGCAUAAAGCUAAGGAAUGGUGGGCCCGGAGGCACGCUCCCCCUGGCCCUCAGGGCCAGGACAACCUGGGCCUCGAUAUAGACGAUGACCUGCCCACGUUCACCUCCGCGCUGCGCCUGCCUCCAGCCCCAGGCACCGAGGUGCCCGGCACACCGCCUCCCAGAUACAACACACUGCGUUUGGAGAGGGCCUUCUCUGACCAGCUCACAGACACCCAGAUGCCGGCGGAGUCCUGA